CCUUCCUCGAGACAACACUCCACGGGCUGCGCCUUCCGCAUACACACAUCCACACCAACGCGCCUUCCCCGCUCGCUGCGCUUUCCCUCCUUGUCCAUCCAUCGCGCACCUCUCGCCUCCGCAUCCGCCUGCGCUUCCGCUUCCGCUUCCACUACAUCUACAUCGACAUCGACAUCGACAUCGACAUCGACACCUGCACCCGCACCCGCAUCCAGCCAUGGCCCAAGUCCAGGAAAAGGCGGCCGAGUCGACAUCGUCAGUCCCCCACAGCGCCGCCGCGCCGCAGAGCGACAAUGUUGCCCAUGCCCUCGCCGGCGCUGGCGGCGGCCUGCUGUCCAUGGCCCUGACAUAUCCGCUCAUCACCCUCUCGACCCGCGCCCAGGUCGAGUCGAAGCGUGCCCAGUCAUCAACGCUCAAUGCCGCCCGCCGCAUCAUCAAGCGCGAGGGCGUAGCCGGCCUCUACGCCGGCAUGGACUCUGCCCUCUUUGGCAUCACCGUCACCAAUUUUGUGUACUACUACUGGUACGAAUGGACACGCUCCUUCUUCGAAAAGGCCGCCCUCAAGGCCGGCCGCGCCUCGUCCAAACUCACCACGAUUGAGUCCAUGAUUGCCGGCGCCAUUGCCGGCAGCGCCACGGUGCUCAUGACAAACCCCAUCUGGGUCAUAAACACGCGCAUGACGACGCGCAAAUCCGAAGACUCGGAAUCCCUGCCCGGCGGCGCCCCCGCCCCAAAGGCGCCUUCUACCCUUGGCACCCUCUUCGCCCUGGUCCGCGACGAGGGUCCCGCCCGUCUCUUUGCAGGUGUCAUGCCCGCACUCGUGCUCGUCAUCAACCCCAUUCUGCAAUACACCGUGUUUGAGCAGCUGAAGCAGCUGCUGGAGAAGCGCAGGCGCGUCACUCCCAAGGAUGCUUUUUACCUCGGUGCUUUGGGCAAGUUGCUAGCCACCAGCAUUACCUACCCAUACAUCACGGUCAAGAGCAGGAUGCAUGUUGCAGGCAAAGACGGCCCACGGGAGAGCAUGAUGACCACGUUCCGCAGGAUCAUUCGCGAGGAGGGAUAUACUGGUCUCUAUGGAGGUAUUGGGCCAAAGGUCACGCAGAGCGUCAUUACCGCUGCCUUCCUCUUUGCGUUCAAGGACGUUCUCUACGCAUACAUGGUGCAGGCACGCAAGAAGCUCGCCUUGCGCAGGGCGUAGGACAUGACUAAUUGAACAAGUCACUGCGCUAGCAUGUGAUAAUCUGCAUACCUCAACCAUGGAAUCACAACACACUAGACCCCGCACCCGCGUCAUUGUAUCACACCCAAGAACCUAUCGCAAGCUGUCAAAUACACAAGUAUCUAUCCUUGCUUGACGUCUCUUCUCAAGUGCUUGCUAGAGUAAUAAUCACUAUAUACCCU